AUGCCGCGACGUUCUCAUGUGCGCGAAUACGACGAGGACCUAUUCGAUGACGACGACGACCGUGAGCCCAUACCUCCUCCGCGGUCUCGGCGCGGUCGUCGCCAUGAACCCGACCUGAGAUAUAACAUGCGAGCACCCAGUCCCCCGACGCCGAUGGAGGAACUCGAGCGCCUCGAUCUGCGCGACCGGUCAGGGCCCGAGUUUUUUCCCGAGGACUUCGAGCCCCCGAGAGAUCGCCGGCCAUUGCCGGCCCGUCGCGAACAUAAUGGCAUCGGUGUUCCGCCGCGGGAACUGGUGCGGAACUUUGAAAGAGCGAGAGGCGAGGCUCGACGGCGGGGGCGGCCACAUCGCGAAGUUUUCCUGGACGAGGAGUAUGGGUCUCCUGUGGAGCCGGAGUCUGGGCCGGAGCUGGAAAAGGUGUAUAUGGAUAGUGAAGACUCGGAGGUCGAGUUGCCUCCUGUCUCUAGGAAGGAGCGGUCGUUGCCACGGCAUCGUCGGGAGAUCAGGGAGGAACUUGUUCCGCGGAGUAAAAGCCAGAAAGACGGGAGGGGCGCACGACGGUCGAGAGUGGAAAGAGACGAAAUUCCUCCGAGGCCUAUAGAAGUCAGGGAUGAGAUUCGGGACCCUCGAGGUCAUUAUCAUCAUCACCAUCGGCAUCUUCACCAUAAAGGUUCUCACUCGCGCCCGGUAUCUGGCAAUCAGACCGAAGUUUAUGAAUCCACCGACGAUCUUCCUGAUGAAGACGUUAUCAUUAAUAAAGGGAGGCGAAGAAGAGACCCAGCUAGGGAACGACUGGAGGAAGACGUUUACAUACAGGAUCGUGGUAUGUCGUCUUCUGAGGUAGACGAUCCUAGGAUGCCUUCACCGGUUCGCAUGCCCCCAAGUCACCGUGACUUUGAUGAACACUUGCAUAUACGUGAAGAAUAUGGAGUGCCUCGUGCACCCCGUCCGCCCAGCCCGGAGGUCAGCUUUGAGAAGCCAAAACGCCGUCAUCACAAAGAGGGCAUGGGAAGAGCGCCCCGUGAAGAGGUACUUCUCGAGACAAGGGAAAAGGAGAUUGUGCCCAUUCCAGUCCGGACUCUAUCCCCGGAGCCUCCAAGUCGGCGAAAGGAGGAAAUCGCCAUACCCAUCUCCAGACCGCGGUCUCUGGAGCGCGAAAAGGAUAUCCUCAUCCGUGAGCGGGGGCCUCCCAAGGGGGAUCUAGUUGAAGAACGAGAGAUCAUUGAGGAAACCUAUGAUGAGGGAAUGCCUGAACGAGUCCCAAAGGAGAUUGUCACCAAAGACAUGGCUGAAGAUUGGGCACUUGUGAAUGCCUCUGCCAAGGCGAGAGAUAUCCCAAGAGAUAUUGCCAAGGAAAACCAAGGUAACAAGCUGCCACCGUUAGGAGAUCGGAGGUCCAAGUUCACUAUGAGCGACGAGAAGAUCUCUGAUGGAGAUGCAGAUUUUGACCGUGGUAAGAUAGGACGACGAUAUGUCGGGGUCAAAGACCGCCGAGACCGUCUUUGGACAGAAAUCACGAAGGACCUCGUUGUGAAGGAAGCCAUUGAAAGAAUGGGUUUCGAGUACGAAGAGACUGUUUCGUCCUACUAUGUGUUUUCAUACCUUCAAUAUGAUGACGUCUCUUCCCUCGUCGAGCUUUCUGAGGAUAUUCGACGUGCUCGACGCCGUCGGAUACACGAAAUGGAACGCGAGCGAGCUUUGAAGCAUCCGCCGCCCAUGCCUAUUCCUGAAAAAGCGCCUCCUCUACUACUGGAUCGACCGAUGUCCCCUCCGCGUAGGUCUGGAGAAAGACGGAAAAUGAAGGAACGAGAAUUGGUAGUGGAAGAUCGCGGACGACCUCGUUCGGGAAGGCGAUAA